GCGCGCAAUAAAACAGAAUAUCUUCUCUUUGAAACAAAAUUUUAAUAUUCCCGUCUCAAUACAUUUGUUAACAAAUAUUACAUAAAAUGAUUUAUUCAUUUUUUGCUUCUAAAGUAUAUGAUUUUCAGAUAUAAAAAUAAAAAAAUGAAACAUAAAACAAUAUUCGUAAUAAAAGAUAACUUUUAUUGUAUAUGUAUGUACAUACAUGUUAUUUUUUGUUAAUAAACUGCAUUGCCCGCCACAAAAAUUUAUAAACAAUAAAUGAACAAAAUAAUAACCCACAAAUCAAUAAAAGUGUUAAAGAUCAGAUUUUAAAUCACAAAUAUGUAUUUGGAAUACUCUUUAAUAUUUACAUACAAAAAUGAAUUACGUAGAUAAUCUGAGAAAAAUUGAAUCGGAUUUAAACGGUACGGACGUAAAGUCAUUCGGCGAAUCCCAAAUAAAAUUCUGUCGGGCGAUUCUGGACGAUUCUUCAGUUUUAGAAAGCAGCGACACUCCCAUUCAGGAUACUUUUAUUGUAUCCUCUUUAAAUUCACCAUCACAUUAUGUCUCAAUUAAUUUAAAACCCAAUUUAGAAAAUGCAUUAGCAAUCAAUGCCAAUGAUCAACUACCAACAGAAGCAUUCAAAAAUCUUACAGCAAUUAUUACUCCCACAUCUGCAAUGAGCGGCGAUGGUGUAUUAAAUAUAUCGGAUGUUGCUGACUUAUUGCAUUCACAGUAUGUUAUUAUAACUGGUGGGCGAUCGAUCGAUGGCUGCCCUUUGAUUGUAUUCCCGGAUAACAACAAUUUUAAUUUAUUGGAAGAAGAAGAUUAUCAAAAGUUGAUUUUGUAUAUAACAUCAGUUCCAUCGUUACAGGAUGCUGAUCUGGGGUUCCAUUUGAUUGUGGAUCGGCGAAAAGACAGAUGGACUUCCGUAAAGACAGUUUUGCAGAGAAUAUCGAUGUAUUUUCCGGGAAUUAUUCAUAAGGUUUAUAUACUGCGACCUAUUGGUUUGUUUCAAAAAGCUUUAUCAGAAGUCAGCUCAAAAUUUUCCAAAGACGAAUAUAGAUUCCAUCUUGUUAUUUGCUCCGCACUUUCUGAUCUUCAUGAAUAUGUCAAUGUGAAUCAGUUAACGCCAGAUAUGGGAGGCGAUUUAAUAUAUUCCCAUAAUGAAUGGAUCCAACAAAGAACUUCGCUAGAAAAGUUUUCAUUCCUUACUCACCAAGUCUCCGCACAACUGGAUAUAUUUAUCAAAACUAUACAUGAUACAGAGUUUCCAAACUCUGUUAAUGCCACGGAAAUUCUUAUUGAAUCUCAAGGGAACGACUAUAGUCGCAUGAAGGAGGAGAUACUUAUAGCAGCUAAACAUGGUGAAUCGCUACUGGAUAAUAUUAAAAUGGUCGAGGAGUUUAAAGAAUUCUCAGAGCGCACCGGUAACGUUAGUGCCAUCCAAAGACUUCUAGUUCAACUGGAAGAAACGGAACGACGAUUUGAUGAGUUUUGGCUUACUCAUCAUAGCCGGCUACAGCAAUGUUUGAAUUUACGUUUGUUUGAGCAAGAUUUUCGAGAACUUCAGACUAUAUUUGAUGGGCAUUUAAAAACUAUUGCCAGCUUAACUGAGGUUGGUGAAAAUACAGAGCGUAUAUCCAUACUUAUUAAAGAAACUAAAGAAUUUCGUGAAGCUACCCGAAUUAAUAUAGAACGAGCAGGUAAUAUUUUAAGUGUUGGUCAGGAGCUGAUUGGAUCUCGGAGACUUUAUCCUUGGGAGGUUGUUCAACCGAAAUGCGACGAGCUUAAGCGAGUUUGCGAUUUAAUCGAAUCGCAACUUAGCAAAAGAAUCGAUAUUCUUUCUAAAAAUAUGGAGCUUAUGGAAAGAGUGGAAAAGGCUAAUGAAUGGUGCGCCAAUGGCGUGGAGUUAUUAGCGUCACAAAGGAUUGAAAAAUGUUCGGAUUCUACUGAUCUAGACAAGCUUCAAGAUUUUAUUACUUCUGCAUCGGAAUUUAAAUUGUCUAGUCCAAGUGAAUUUAAAAAAAUAAUUUUAGAAAGCACAACCCCGGAGACUAAAGCAUUAGUAUAUCAGGUUUUGCAGCGUAUUGACGACGUUUCAUUAAUGUGUGAUAAACGCAUCGCCAGUUUAAAACAAUUGACUUUAAAACCACAAAGACCUGUUCAACAAGUUACUCCGAAACCAGCUGUACCUUUACAACCCCAGGGGGGAGCUCCUAGUUUCGUGCGCCGUAAAUCCCACAAGGUUAAUUACGUCCACCAGUGUAAAGAAGCUAUUAUGCAUAAGUCAAGAAACUGCCUAUUGGCGCCCCGUCGUCUUGAUGAAUAUCGCCGACCACCAUAUGAAUUAAAAAGCUUGAAGGAAAUCAACCUAACAAGACGCCCGGUGGUAUCCAGGUUGUUAAAAGAAAAAUACGAGAAUCCACCAACUGUUCAAUCUUGGGAGUUACUUUUGCAGACGGUUAAAAAAAACAGCUCAAUACAAAAAAUUUCGCCUCAUGAACAUACUUUUACUAGCAACUGUUCCUGUAAUGUGGCUGACUAUGGUGCAGAUUCUAGCGAAGCCAGAUCAUCAUUUACUGACUUUAAGAAAUCACGAAAUGGAGAACGCCAACAAAGUAUUUUUUGUACAAAUACAGGCAUUAAAUCUCGUGCAGACCGAAUUGCGCGCAUUGAGAGCUUUUCAUGUUUAAAGACCCAGUUACAGUCACGAAUUCCAAUACCUAUAUCUCAUUGUAAAUCUCAUCAAGUAAUACAUAACAGGGAGCACACACCAAAAUGGAUGUUUCAAAAUUCAAAAAGUGUCGGUGACGCCCAAUACAAUAGUUCAUAUGCCCCUCAUUGGCAGUUGCCACGCUAUCAACAGAAACCUAAACUGGAUCGUAUUCGUAUUAGAAAAAAAAGGAAGUCUCUACUGAUUAUAAAUAGUUUGGUAGACGAAGAAGAGUGGCCAAACAAACAAUAUCAGAAUCUAAAGUAUGGUUCUCAUACUAGGUGUAAAAACCUGUCAGAUUUUGUAUACGAAUGUGAGACUGAUAAGAAUGCAGAUUUAAAAGAUAGUUCAGCUUCUCGAUUUUUUUCUCCUAAGAACUGCACAAUAAAUGAACAAAAAAAUACGAAGCAAGAUAAUUUAAUAAAUAUUCAUUUUAUGAGAGAUAAAGAUAAAUUCGAAAGUUUAAAUAUUUCUUCUCAAAUGAAGUCACAUGCAGAUCCCAACGACUUGCAAAACUUUUAUAAAGAGGAUUUAAGAAAAGUAACAACGAAUGAAUUAAUUAAAGCUGUUACUCAAAAAACAAAAGAAUGUAACAUCGAUAUAGAGAAAAAACUAAAUGAUAUAAAAGUGAGAGAAGAGGAAACGUAUUCUUCCAGCAGUUGGAUUAAUGAGUCUUUAUUAGAUGACAAUGACCAGCUUCUUAAGAAUAUUGAUACAUUCACAUCAAUUUCAAAACACACUUAUGAAGAUUCCAAUGAUUUAAAUUGCGUUAACUAUUCCAAACCAACUUCCCCUGACCAAUUAUCAGAGGCUUCUCUGUGUACAUCAUCUUCUAAUAUAUCUAAUUACGACAAUAUUUCAAUUUGCGGCUCUGAAAGCAGUUGCUGGCAAUGUACAAAAAAAUAUUAUGCUCAAUUCGGCGAUUUAAGUUCAAAAAAUCCUAUCAACGAAAAUUGCAAUGCCGUCGAAGGCGUUUUUUGGAAUAACUCCUAUAAUGAAUUUCCUACAGAAAUUUCUUCAACCACUUGUUGCAGUAUGUCAAGCUGUGACGAUGAUAAUUAUUCAUGCUGCAAUAUAACCAUGGGGGACACCAUAAAAUCCAUACCUAUACAGCAAUCCAAAGCUGCAAAAUCAGGAGAGAUACACCAAAAUGAAACAAGGAAGUACAUUAAUUCGAAAAAGUCAAAGGUUAAUGAAAACUCAAAAACUACACCUAGAUCUACCGAGGGUGAAGACAUUGUUGCAAUUUUACCUAACUUAAACCAUGCAGAAAUGCAAAUAAAAAAUAAACAGGAUUAUGAGGCACGUUGUCUUAAGCGCGGACACGUAUUAACUGAGCUUCUAGAGACGGAGAAGAUCUAUGUGAAUGAAAUUAGUUCAAUCUUGACGGGAUAUUGCGACCAGCUGAAAUCUGAAGAGUUCAUGCAUCUUGCACCUGUAAGCCUUUUUGGAAAAGAAGACAUACUUUUUGGAAAUUUAAAUGAAUUGUAUUCAUUUCACAACGAAGUUUUUUUAAAGGACCUUGAAAAUUGCAUUUCAACCACUGAACUGGUAGCACUUUGUUUUGUUCAAAGACGGGACACAUUUUACCGACUCUACUCAUAUUAUUGUCAAAACAUUCCGAAAUCAGAACGCUUACGUGAAACUCUGGUGGACACGCAUCUUUUUUUUCAAGGAUGCCAAAAACGGCUAGGUCACAAGCUUCCCCUCGCUGCAUAUUUACUUAAGCCUGUACAAAGGAUUACCAAAUACCAACUACUUUUAAAGGACUUACUUCGCUAUAGUGACAGUGGUAGUUGUACUAAGGAACUUCAAAAAGCACUUGACUGUAUGUUAAUAGUUUUAAAGUGUGUUAAUGACUCUAUGCAUCAAAUAGCAAUAACAGGAUUUCCGACCAAUUUGGCGGAACAAGGGGAACUCUUAAUGCAAGACUCGUUUCAAGUGUGGACAGAGUCAAAAAAAGACAUUCGCAUUCGGAUCAAGCCGCGACAGCGACAUAUUUUUCUUUACCAAAAGUCGUUACUUUUUUGUAAACAAUUAACAAAACCGGGUCACAACAAAAGUACCUACCAAUUUAAACAUCAUAUUAAGAUGUCAGAAGUUGGCUUGACAGAGUCUGUACGGGGCGAUACGAAACGUUUUGAAGUUUGGCUUCAAGGACGUCAAGAAGUACACGUAUUACAAGCGCCUUCGAUCGAUGUUAAAAUGAAAUGGGUUUCAGAAAUCAAACGGGUCUUGCUCAAUCAACUCGAAGAACUUAAAGGGGAAAAAAUUAAGCAAUACAAUUUUAGUCAUCGGGGUCUAAUGCAAACCACAUCUUGGGACACCUCCAGUUUUGGCCCAAUAAAUCACAUAGGCUUAGACGAAUGCUUAGAGUUGCCCAACCGAAAAUCAAAUUGCAGCGUUGACAAUGAAAAAGUUGGAAAUACCUGUAAAAAUGGAAAGGAUAAUCUCGAAAAAGGAGGAUGGAGUUCGGACUACUCAAAUAGUGACGACGAAUAUUCAUUUGAUGAAGGUAACUCAUUGGGAGGUAAAUUUAUUUCUCUCGCCGAUUAUUCCGCUGCGGGACAUUCUGAAGUUUCGAUGCAUGAAGGUGAUACAAUAGAACUUUUAAAAAUCGGAUGCGCUGGCUGGUGGUAUGUGAGAGUUUUAGGAAAUGCAGAAGGCUGGGUCCCGGCUGCUUAUCUGGAAUCUGUAAAUCGAAAAUCGUCUAAGCCGUUGAGUGGAAUCUAGCAGCGAGUAAUUUAAUAUUAAAAAGUUUAAAAAACGCCUCUUGUGGCAUGCACAAUUUCAUUUAUUGAAAUAUAUAUGUAUAAAAGGAAUUUAAUUUUAUAGCCGUGUCAAACUAAAAUGUAUAUUUUAGUUAUAUAUGAAAUUGAAAUUGCGCAAUUUACUACACUUCGUGCUAGACGGGUAACGCCUUGGCGUAUUAGCGUAUGGCGUAUAUAUUAUUAUAUUAUUAGUUGUAUUAUAAAAUAAUAAUUUUAACUAGAGGAGUAGCAUGCCAAAAAUGUAUCGACUUACCGUAUUAAUAAGUAAAAUAAAAUGACCCCAAUAAA